CAGGCUGAUAUUGUUUUGGAGACAUUUUUAGAAAAACAGAAGAGCCUUCAAGGAGUCAUCCAACAAGCAGAGAUGGGCCUUGUAGACAAAGAGAAAGAAAAAAAAGUAAAGGAAUCACACGCCCACUACAAGCACCUGUUGGGAAAGCGAUUGAAGCUGCCCACUGAAACACAGGAGGAGCUCGACAGAGUUCAUGAGGACAGCCAGGAGGUGGCACUGCAGCUCUUCAAGGCCUGCAACUUUAAGGAUGAGAAUCAGCAGUGCGAGAGAGAACUCACUGGGCUUAUGAAUGAGGAGUAUGAGAGGAAGUGUAAGGAGAAUGCAGACCUCUCUGAGAGACACUGCAGCGCUCUACUAAACCAGCUGUCAGCAGGACUGAUCCCACAGGCUUUCAUGAAAUCAGGAGGUUAUGAAGAAUACAAGAUGCAACUGGACACCAUCAUUCAGAAGUACAAAGAUACACCUGGCAAAGGCAUUGGGGUACCAUUUUAA